UAAUCUUGAGCUUGAGGUUUCAAAUAAGCGUAAGCUGGAUCAAGAUUUACCAAGUGAUCUUGAGCUUGAGGUUUCAAAUAAGCUGGAUCAAGAUUUACCAAGUGAUCUUGAGCUUGAGAUUUCAAAUGAGUAUGAGCUAAAUCAAGAUUUACCAAGUAAUCUUGAGCUUGAGAUUUCAAAUAAGCAUAAGCUAAAUCAAGAUUUCAGAAGUUUGAAACAUGAAACUGUUGAUUUUUUAGAAAUUCACAACCGUCAGGCAAUUGGUUCAGAAAAAGAAAUUGAUUUGUUACUAGAGAAUUAUGAUAGCCAAGCAUUUAGCUUAGAAAAUAAAAUAGAUUCACAGAACUCUCUCAGUGAUGAAGAACCAAAUGAAGGUUCCUCACAAUUAUAUGGUCUUACACUCAAUUCAUGA